CAGAAGCUGUACGUGAGCGGCGCGGGGCUGCGCGAGCUGCCGGAGGAGAUCGACGAGCUGCGCGAGCUGCGCAUCCUGGCGCUGGACUUCAACAAGCUCGAGCGCCUGCCCGACGGCCUGUGCCGCCUGCCGCGCCUCACGCGACUCUACCUGGGCGGCAACCGGCUGCUGGCGCUGCCCGCCGACUUCGUGCAGCUGCAGAGCCUGCGCUGCCUCUGGAUCGAGGGCAACUUCCUGCGGCGCUUCCCGCGGCCGCUGCUGCGCCUGGCGGCGCUGCAGUCGCUGCAGCUGGGCGACAACCGGCUGCGCGCGCUGCCGGCCGAGCUGCCGCGCAUGACCGGCCUGCGCGGCCUGUGGCUCUACGGCAACCGCUUCGAGGAGUUCCCGCCCGCGCUGCUGCGCAUGGGCCGCCUGCACAUCCUCGACCUGGACCGCAACCGCCUGGGCGGC